CAUUCUGGGAGUUGUUUUUCUGGGUAAAGGGGCCUUCCCGGUUACGGGCGCGCCCAUUGGGCCAUACACAUAUCCGGUGCCUCCACGCCAGCCGGAACCGAACCCUUUAACCUUUCUUCAGCCGGGUGAAGCCUCGCGCACGUGGGGUGCGGCUGGCCGGUGUCUCGCGGCCAUGGCGGCGCUGUGCGUGGAGGAGUUGCUGGCUCGCGCGGAGCAGCGCGCGGCGGAGCCGCACCCGAGUGUCGCGGUGGAGAAGGAACUGGAGCUGGAGUUCGACCUGGGGAACCUGCUCGCUCUGGACCGGAACGUGCCACCCUCGAUGCCGCGCGCCGCGGGGGCCCAGCGCGAGAGCCGCCUGCGCUCGCUGGCCCGGGACAACACGCAGCUGCUGGUGGCCCAGCUGUGGGGGCUGCCGGCGGAGCGCGCCGAGGGGGCGACGGGGCCGCUGGUGGCGCAGCUGCCCGAGCCCUCCUACCGCCUGCCCCGGGAGAAGCCCCUGCCGCGGCCCCGGCCGCCCACCCGCUGGGAGCAGUUCGCCCGGCUGAAGGGUAUCCGGCGGCGCAAGCGCACGUCGCUGGUGUGGGACGAGGCGGCCAAGCAGUGGCGGCGGCGCUGGGGCUACAAGCGGGCCGGCGGGGACCCCGCCCGGGACUGGCUCAUCGAGGUGCCGGCCGGCGCCGACCCCAACGAGGACCAGUUCGCCAAGCGGCUCCGCGAGAAGCGCGAGAAAGUGGCGCGCAACGAGUUCAACCGCCUCCGCAACAUCGCCCGGGGCGCCCUGCCCGGCCGCGGCCUCCACCCCACCGGCCACCAGAGCCGCGCCGAGCUGGGCCGCGCCACGCAAGUGGCCCGCGUUUCCACCGCCUCCCUGGGCCGCUUCCAGCCCCGGCUGCCCAAGGAGUCGCCCGCGCCCCCGCCCAGGGGCGGCAAGAAGCGGCACUUCGAGCCGCUGCUCGGUGACCUGGCGGCCGAGAGGAGCCGGCAGCUGGAGCUGUUGCGGGGCCUGGGCAGCAAGAAGCCGCCGCUCGACCUGACACGCGCCGUCAACAAGCAGCUGCGCGAGGAGGACGCCCAGGCGGCCGCGGACAAGGGCAAGAAGCGCGGGCAGCGGGGCAAGCGGGGCCGGCAGCGCCCGGGAGGCGGCAAGGGCAAGAAAGGCGGGGCCCGGCGUCAGCAGCAGCGGCGCCCGGCGGGCAGAAAGAGGAGCUGAGCUGGGCGCAGGGCUCCUGCCAGACACUGAGCCCGAAGGGACACGGGGCCUGCCGCGGUCUGUGGGGGACGCUGAGCUUCCAGGGAGGCCUCUGGGGAGCUCGCGGGACACUGAGCCUCCUCCAUCUGUUCCGAGGGGCUGCAUGGGACUGAGCUGUGCUGUCUGUAGCUGCUAAGGACCCCAGGGGCUGGCUUGCUCCCCAGGCCUAGGGAUCUUCGCUGCUGGGGCGCCCCUUCCCGCCCUCCUAUUUAUCAAUAAAACCUGCCUUUGUCAAGCUG